AUGAGUUUUUCGUGUCCUUCCAAAGACGAGAAGAGCAAGAGAGGGCAGGCAGCCGUGAUAGUCCUGUGCAAGCAGGAGCUACUGGCAUUCAACCUGGAGGAGCCAAAGUGCCCGCAGAUCCGCAAGCCGUACCUGUUCAGUCUCCACUCCUCCCCCAUCACCUGUCUCCGUCUGUUCGAGGGCUGUUCGACGGAGCUCUACCAGAGCCUGCAGGAGGUCAGGAUCACCAGCCCGCCUCCACGGGAACACGUGAGCGACAUGGGCUGGCCAGCCAUGGGCGGCUACGUGCGCCAAGCCGAGCCCACCUCCUUCGACAUCCUCGUCACU